CUUACAUAUUAUGGAAACAAUUUCUCCUGAAUCUCAAAACCAAAGAGGGGUUUGGGGAAAGAUGCCAUCCUUUAUGUUUCCUGCAUCAAAAUUUGCACUUUGGAAUCCAGCUCCUAUUGGAGAAAGCACUGUUUGUCACCUAAGUUAUAGAAAUCCCAAAGUAAUAAUUGCUGAAAAAACACUGCGGCUUGCCCAUCGUCAUGCAAAGCAAAGUAGAAAAAAGCCAUUCACUUGUUUUUUAGUUGGCACCCUUGCAGUAGAUGAAAAUGGUGAACGUGUAUUGCUAACAGUAGACCGUUUUGAUCCUGGUCGUGAAGAACCAAAUGGUUUGGGAAAAAUUCCCAUAGCACCUCUUCCUGGAGACUUUUUCAUUCCAUGCAGAAUUGGUUGUUGGGAAUGUUCAUCAAAUGAUACUAUAGUACACACCUUUGAGGAUUUUAACUUAGCAUUUAAGAUACUGCAUCAGAAUCUGAGCAGACAAGAUUCUUUGGAACUUUCCAAACUGCUAACCUUAAGAGUUCACAUCUGUUCAAUGGAGAAUAUGGACAACUUAAAUUUUGAUUUUCACUGGGCAGCAGUUACAGUGGCCAAUGUUUUAAAAUGCACUCCUGUGAAGGCUAUCCCAAUAAUUCCUACAGCCCUUGCUAGAAACCUAAGUAGCAAUAUGAGUAUUGCACAUAUUCAAGGAACUUACAAAUAUGGGAAGUAGAACCUUCAGAUAAAUACCCUAUCCAGUUUGAACUGAACUCACAAAAUAUAAAUGCAGAAACAGAAUUCUUCAGCAAAAUUUCAAAAAACAUUUCCCUAAACAAUUUAUCCCUAGAUUGCUCACCCAAUAAACUUUCUGUCAGUGAUCAUGACUCUGGUGUGGAAGAUGAUGCAUCUCCAAGACCAUUUCCCCGUCCUCAUCCCAUCAAUCAACCGAUGACUGAGAUCCAUCCUUCAGUUCCUGAAUUGUCCAUUGUACUUGAAGGCAUCUCCAUAGAAUCUGUACCAACAUCUAAACAUGCUGUGAUUAAAAAUCAAUCUUCAUUUGUACACCAACCUGCUAAGAUGGCAUACUCUGUAGCGCAUGCUCCUCAGCACUCUCAGAGCUCUGAUGCUGGAAGACAGAUCUUUGCUUCGGGUGCCAGAGAGCCUCCUCCAAAGCAAGUACCAAAUCCUCUGAAACACAGGAUUGCAUCUUUAAAACCUUACAAAGGAAUGCAAUCUCCACUACAACUGCAGCCCAGCCCAGCUGGCUCGCAAGCUAAAAGGGGCUGCAUACCUACUUCUUCUCAUUCAAUAUCCUGUAAUGAACUUCCACAAAAUACAUCCCUGCAUCAAUGCACAAUUCCUUCUGAAAGACCCUUGGCAAAUAAUGAUGAUGUUCCACAGAAAGGAGAACUUUCUACUAAUGGCUUUUCGGCACAAAAAUCUAAUAAACCUCCUCUGGUUUCCCAGUAUCCCUGGCAUGCUUGUACACUAUCACCAUCUUACCUAGGAAGACCCCUGGGAGUUCGGGUACCAAUUCAAGGUCCGUCAUGUUGUUCUCCUUGUAUUUGCAACUGUCAGCAGUAUGGCCAUAUACAAUACAGUCCAGCAAAUGUUUGGCAAGGCAUAUGUAAUGACAGCCCUGAAAAUCAUUCAGGUCCUACCCAGGAGAGUACAAAAUUAAUGUUCCAUCAGAAUCAAGAAUACGUAAAUGGUUGCAAUCCAGGGUAUGCCGCAAGUAGCCAUAUUAAUGUAGGCCAUCAUGGAAUAAUAGGGAAUUGUUCUCCUGUUAAUAAUAACACAUCCGCUGCAGUAAGAAUGCCAUCUCCAGUAAAUCAUGGUAAUGCACAGCCAUAUACAACACAUUCAGCUUGUAUGAAUCUUCCUGCUACAAAUACAGUAUCAGAUAAUGAAAUGGUUGAAUUAUCUUCAGAUGUUUACAGAAUUCUUGGUGAACAGCAUAGGCAAAUCAAGCUGCUACAGGCUCAGAUCCAACAGCUUUUAGAGGCACAAACUCUUCAGUCCUGUGCUUCCAGAUCCCUAGAAAACAAUAGUGUACAGUCUGAGAAGCAAGUAGAAUUUGUUGCCAUGGAAACCCAGUCUUCUCCAGGGUUACACAUGAAGAAAAGUAUCAGCAUUGCAGUGAGUACAGGUGCCAGCUUGUUUUGGAAUACCCCUUUGGAAAACAAGAAAGAGUCUGUGAAAGAAGAUGAAGUUGAAAUUUCCAAUGAAGACAUCACUAUUUCUAUGAGUGCAGAAAAGGACAGUAGUCAAACAAGCAUUGCCUCUUCAUUAAAAGCUGUUGAUAUACCCAGCUUUGUUGAUAGUGUCCAUAUUGUUGAAGGAGGAACUAAUCAGUCUUCUGCAGGCCUGUGUAAUGGACCACUUGCCGUAGGAAUUGACCAAGCUUCACUGCAGAAUGAAAAUGGUAACAAAUGUUUGCAAACCAGUCCGUCAGAAGAAACUGACAAUAAUUUUGAACCAACUGAUAAACAAAAUUUUGACUGUGCCAUUACUACCCCACCAAAUGUAUCACCAGAUGAUCAAAAAAUGUAUCAGGAUUUAUUAGGUCAGGUAAAUCGAUUUUUGAAGGAAUCCUCUGAUGAAAGCAGUCCUUCUCUGAAAGAGGAUCUGAUUAAAGACGAAUACAUUUCAUCCUUAAAAAUAAACACGGCACAAAAAAGAAGCUCAACAUCAGACAUGGUCCUAAGAAAUAAAGAUAGUGUUCUGAAUGCAACCUUGAAGCAAUUAAGAAACCUUGGAGUAAAUUUUGAUUCUCCUGAGAAGAUGAGCAAUGUACACAAAGUGGAGAAUGCUGGUGUAUUGGCUUGCAUUAAUCCUGAAGCAAUAGUACCAGGACUAAACUAUAUCUCUUUUGCUAAUGUUGGUAUGAGUGGCUUAACUCCCACUGGAGCAGACCUGAGCAUAGAGGCAAAUGCUAUUGCUCUCAAGUACCUGAAUGAAAAUCAACUGUCACAGCUUUCUUUAAAUCAUUCAAGCCAGAGAAAUUCUGUGACUUCAUCUUUACAGACUCUCCUGCAAACAAAUACAGAGAAGUCUUUGAUGGGCCUUGGUUUAAUUUCACCUGGCAACAUGUCUUUUGCAACCAAGAGAUAUAUGAAGAAGUAUGGCCUUCUACAAAGCAAUGAUGGUAGUGAUGAUGAAGAAGAGCAACCAUCUGGGAACUACAAGAGCAAAGAGAGCUUAGAGUCUGUUCUGCACUUGGAUUUCAACCCUGUUUUAGAGGGCUUUGCUUCCUGGAAAGGCUAUUCUGAAAGAACUGGUGAGAAGCAGAUUAAUUUUGAUCCAACACAAACUGAAUCGUCUUGUCACCUGCUGCAUUCAGAAGGGCCCAUCUUAAGAAAUGUUACAAAUGCUGUUUUGCCACCAAGAAUCCUGCACCAAACUAAUGAACCUCCGCACCCUUUUUUAAAGGAUUUAAAGCCAAAAAUGAAACUUUUGCCUGGAGAAGCAGAAUUUACACAGCAUCCAGACAAAGAAAAUCUGAAUGUUCACAUUGUGACUGGAAUUCCACAAACUCCCUCUGUUGAUAAUUUAAAUCAAGCAGAAAAUGUUAACUUAGUAGGCACUUUUCUCGAUGUAAAACAACUCAGACAGCUCCCAAAGUUAUUCUGACUUAUUUACAAAUGACUGGCAUCCUCUUUUCUUCCUUUUCUUGUUCAGAAAAAUCAAAAGAUGCUGCUUACUAAAUAUAACUUAAUUUUUUUCUUGGCAAUCAAUAAAUGGGAGAGUGGUUCCUAAUUGCAUAUAGAGAAAUACAGCAGGUUGGGUCACACAAUAAAUGUAGGUCUUUAUGCAUAUUAGAAUAUAUUUACAUUCCAAAUGGUCAUUGAAUAUAAUCAGGAUACAACUGCUAUGUAGGGUAUUUUUAAAGAUGUUGAUUUAUUGUUUAUUAAAUGCAACAAGAAUGAAAUUGACCAUGGUGAAGCAGACAGUGAGUUUAAAGCAAGUUUGAUUUGAAGUGUUUACCAAUUUUAACUCUUAUUUUAUGAAUUUGAAAUAAAAUGUCCUAUGAUUAUUUGUAACAAAUGCAAUUAGGAAACAAAACUAGGGUGACAAAUAAUAGCCAUCUUAUGUGUUUGACUUGCUAUAAACACCAAACAUUAUAUUCUAUAGUUCCUGAUUUGUUUGUGUGCUGAAAUAAAAUUGCUAGACUAUUUUUG